GCACCUCAGGGAGGGCAGGAGGCUGGAGCGCCUGCUGCCCGCCCGCCCGUAAAAUGGUCACCUCGGCUGGACAGCUCGCCCUGUUCGCGCUCGGUAUCGUGUUGGCUGUGUGCCAAGCCCUGGAGAACAGCACGUCCCCCCUGAGCGAUCCGCCUGUGGCCGCAGCAGUGGUGUCACAUUUUAAUGAAUGCCCAGAUUCCCACACUCAGUUCUGCUUUCAUGGAACCUGCAGGUUUUUGGUGCAGGAGGAUAAGCCAGCAUGUGUCUGCCAUUCUGGGUACGUGGGUGCACGCUGUGAGCACGCAGACCUCCUGGCCGUGGUGGCUGCCAGCCAGAAGAAGCAAGCUAUCACUGCGUUGGUGGUGGUCUCCAUUGUGGCCCUGGCUGUCCUCAUCAUUGCAUGUGUGCUGAUACACUGUUGCCAGGUCCGAAAACACUGUGAGUGGUGCCGCACCCUCAUCUGCCGGCACGAGAAGCCCAGUGCCCUCCUGAAGGGAAGGACUGCUUGCUGCCACUCAGAAACAGUGGUCUGAGGAGCCCCAAGGAGGAGUUUGGCCAGGUGGACUGUGGCAGCCUGAUGGAGAGAAGCCUCCUAUAGGUCAGCAGCACCAGGGAUGCCUGGGAUUUGCCAGAA